GGGGCCGGUCCCGGGAAGUGCUACGUGUCUCCCAAGUCUUUAUAGCGCCUUGCCCCCAGCGCCAGUCCUUGGAGCGCAGCCUGCCUCGUCCCCCGCCGCCAGCGAGCAGCGCCCGGCCGAGCGCCAGCAACAUGUCCGAGAGCAGGAAGCCGAGGACGAAUAUCCAGAGAGCCACUAAUGUUGUAUAUCAAGCUCAUCAUGUCAGCAGAAGUAAAAGAGGCCAAGUUGUGGGUACAAGAGGUGGAUUUCGAGGCUGCACAGUCUGGCUAACAGGUCUUUCUGGUGCUGGUAAAACAACUAUUGGCUUUGCUCUGGAAGAAUUACUGCUGUCUCGUGGCAUGCCUUCCUACUCGCUGGAUGGGGAUAACAUUCGGCAUGGUCUGAACAAAAACCUAGGUUUCUCAACUGAUGACCGAGAAGAAAACAUCCGCCGUGUUGCCGAGGUUGCCAAACUGUUUGCCGAUGCUGGUCUUGUUUGCAUAACUAGUUUCAUUUCCCCUUUUGCAAAGGAUCGUCAAAAUGCAAGGGAAAUUCAUGAAAUGGCUGGUCUUCCUUUCUUUGAAAUCUUUGUAGAUGCUCCUCUAAAUAUUUGUGAAAGCAGAGAUGUGAAAGGCCUUUACAAAAAAGCAAGGGCUGGAGAAAUCAAAGGAUUCACUGGGAUUGAUUCAGAGUAUGAAAAACCAGAAUCUCCUGAACUAGUGUUGAAAACGAACAUUGCUACAGUGAAUGAAUGUAUCCAGCAGGUUGUGGAGCUGCUACAAGCACAAAACAUUGUUCCCAAAACUGAGAUUAAGGAUGUUCUUGAACUGUUUGUACCUGAAAAUAAGAUUGACCGGGCCCAAGCAGAUACUAACAUGCUGCCUAUUCUAGAGAUUACCAAGUUGGAUCUACAGUGGGUCCAAGUCCUGAGUGAAGGCUGGGCCACACCACUGAAAGGAUUUAUGCGUGAGACAGAAUAUUUGCAAGCUAUCCAUUUUGGCACCCUGAGUGAUGAUGGCGUUAUUAACCUGAGCAUUCCCAUUGUGCUCCCUGUUGCUAUGGAAGAUAAGAAACGGCUGGAUGGCUACUCUGCAUUUGCACUUCAGUAUAAUGGCCAAAGGGUAGCAAUCCUCAGAAACCCAGAGUUCUAUGAACAUAGGAAGGAGGAACGCUGUGCGCGUGUGUGGGGGACAACCUGUGUGAAGCACCCACAUAUCAAAAUGGUGAUGGAAAGUGGGGAUUGGUUGGCUGGUGGUGAUCUUCUUGUGUUAGAGAAAAUAAAAUGGAAUGAUGGACUGGAUCAAUACCGCCUGACGCCACUGGAGCUCAGACAGAAGUUUAAAGAAAUGAAUGCUGAUGCCGUAUUCGCAUUUCAGCUGCGCAACCCUGUCCACAAUGGUCAUGCUCUGCUCAUGCAGGACACCAAAAGCCAUCUGCUGGAAAGAGGUUACAAACAUCCUGUGCUUCUGCUUCACCCUCUGGGAGGCUGGACCAAAGAGGAUGAUGUGCCACUAGCGUGGCGAAUGAAGCAGCAUGCAGCUGUGCUUGAGGAACAUGUCCUAGACCCAAAGUCAACUAUUGUUGCAAUCUUCCCCUCUCCCAUGUUGUAUGCUGGUCCAACAGAGGUUCAGUGGCACUGUAGGGCUCGAAUGAUUGCUGGAGCCAAUUUCUACAUUGUGGGCCGAGACCCUGCAGGCAUGCCCCAUCCAGAGACCAAGAAAGAUUUGUAUGAGCCCACACAAGGAGGGAAGGUCCUUAGCAUGGCACCAGGCUUGGCCUCUGUGGAAAUCAUUCCCUUCAGAGUUGCAGCAUACAAUAAAGUAAAAAAGGCCAUGAUUUUUUACAGUCCAGAAAGGCACGAUGAAUUUGACUUCAUCUCUGGAACACGCAUGAGAAAGCUUGCUCGAGAAGGCGAAAAUCCACCUGAUGGGUUCAUGGCUCCAAAAGCUUGGAAAGUCUUAACUGAAUACUACAAAUCACUGGAAAAAAAUAUUAAUUCUACUUUUCCUCAGAAAUAUGGGUAUUAAGAGUGAGCUCUUGAUUGACUGAUUUACUGUAUUACAGAUCACUUAGUUUGCAUUUUCAAUAUCCUAAUGGUAGGUUAGAACAUUUUCUAAUAGGGUCAAAUUGUUUUUGAAUGUAUGUAUUUUGGGCCUGGCUCUUCUCCCACUAAAUUAUUGGUAAUUUUCCUUUCAACCUCAAAGGGACCAGCAGCCAGUCUGUUAUUUAUUUGGAUGAUUGUCCAAAGCCAUAUUAGGACUGACCAGUUGGACAUCUUUAGUGAUGUCCUAGUGGUACACCAACCCCCAAAGGUACACAGUUUGACCUUAUAGCCAUGAUGUAGUUACAUAUCCCUUAUGCUCUUUAAAUCAGUUACAAACUGGAAAUAGGAAAGAAAUGAUUGACUAUAUUUCCCUUAUUCCUUAAGAAGCCCAUCUUCUGCAAUGGGCAGAAGGAUUUUCUUUCGCACAUAUCUGGGUUUCUCUUGUCCACCACACACCCCUCUCUUUCUAAUGCCUCCUACUUAAACUUGGACUUUUCAGUCAAGAAACUGAACUAAGCUUUAUUGCAGCUCCAAGUUUAGCUUUCUACAUAAAAGACACAAUUUAAAGCAGCCCAGCUUGAGUGCCAGUGUGAGGUUGGGAGAAGUGGUGCUUUAACUUUUGAGUCCUGCAUUGAGGGCUCACAGUGGCACUUUCCCUCCCCACCAAGAACUGCGGGGGAGCUGGCCUGCUUUGACUGCAGGAAGCUGUACUAGGAGAUGCAUGAGGCCCUUAGACUACUCUCACUUCAUCUGUUUUGUACCAGUGUAAUGCCACUGACCACAGUGGAGUUAUUUCUGAUUUACACUGGUGUGUAUGAUUUACACUGUAUGUGAUUUGAGAAUCAGGAUCCGAGUUCAGCUUAUUGAAUAAAGAGGCCAAGUUUAGGAGGGGACAGUUUAAAAUAGUCUCUUCACACCCUAGAAUGUCAAGCUAGCGCCUCUUUCUUGCCACUUUCUAUCCUCUUUUCUAUAAUAAAAGCUAAUUUAGUCGAAUAUAAUGCUUCCAGUUUCCAAUAGAAAAAGAAAACAAACUGGCCACAACCUGUUUUGGAAAGGCCAUUUUGACUCCAGGAGGUUUGGGAAAGGUGUCAUUGAGAGAGCUAGAAAAAUUGAUUUUGCUAUACAGUAAAAAUUUUAGAUGUAGUGUUUAACACAUGUUCCCUUGCUUAUGCUUUCCAUAUAGGGAGGAUAGCCCCCCCUCCCCUCCCCCACACACUUUGUCCUUCUGAAAGAUUAGCUUUAAACAUUUGUUUUUCAAAUUAUGCAUAUUUACUGUAACUGCAGUAAACCCCUCCAGGCUGUGCAUUAACAGAGUAUGAAAGAAGACACUCUCCCAUCGGUUUCAUGCCCAUAAUGUACAAAAGUCAUGGAUCAACAGCCUAUUAAUGCCCAUCAUGUUGCAGCUUACUGCUGUUCUAAAGAGAGGAAAGAAAUAAGGCCCAUUCGUUUUAUCACUGUCUGCCAGAGAUUGGGGUGUGGGUGAGGAACAGUUGGCUGAAGCUCUAUCUAGAAAAAACAGGAAUGCAAAUGGCAGAUGGGAAAAUAUGGUGAAUUGUACGUGCCUCCUUAAUGGAGAGUGUGUGUUGCCUGUUGUUGCUUCAGGUGGUAAGCUGGAGGCUAGGAUCUCCAGGUGCUAUUAGACUGGGAUGUUGAUGGUUUUUUCCCCCCAUCUGUAUCUGGCCAGGAGGUUGCAACAAGUUUCUUUUGGACAUGAGUCUGGCUUCUGUGAUCACUUCUUGUUUGCCACCUUGUGAUUACUAAAGUGAACUCUUCCUUGAGCUGCAGCAUAAAUCCACCUGGAAAUGUAAGCUGGUGCAGGAUGUAGCUGAUCACUGGGGAAGCAGGCUCACCAUGCACAGACUGUACUAGUCUUCCAAUCUGCAUUAGCUGCCAUUGUGUUUUUGGGUGAUAUCGAGGUUGUUGGCUUUCAUCUUCCCUGCACCUGCCAUAUUUGUAGUCAGCAGAGGCAUUGUGUACACUGGAGACCCCUCAGUCUAGAAGAGAAGGAACUGUUAGCAGGUUGUCCGUGUGGGGACCCAGGCCUAGACUUUGUAACUCACUGCAGUAACUCCUCACUUAAAGUCGUCCUGGUUAACAUUGUUAUGUUGCAGAUCAAUUAGGGAACAUGCUCGUUUAAAGUUGCUCAAUCCUCCCUUAUAACGUUGUUUGGCAGCCGCCUGUUUUGUCCACUCUGGCAGGAAGAGCAGCCCGUUGGCGCUAGCUGGUGGGGGCUUGGAACCAGGGUGGACUGGCAGUCCCCCCAUCAGCUCCCCGCUCCCCUAAGUUCCCUGUGCGGCAGCUGCCCAGCAGGCUAUCAAUUGCCAGCAGUUCAGCUGUCCUUCCCCCCACUGUUGUGUGCUGCUCCUGCCCUCUGCCUUGGAGCUGCUCUCCAGAGCCUCCUGCUUGCUGGUGGGGAGGAGAGGGGGACUAAUGUCAGGGUGUCCCCCUCCCCCUGCACCCCGCUUACCCCAUCUCCCUUAAGCAGGGCUGGGUGGGAGGUGAAGACACUGCAGGGCUCAGGACAGAGGAAGCUUCCUGGCAGUAGCUGCUGCGGUCUCAGCUUGCUGAUUAACUUAACAAGGUAGUGUACUUAAGAGUGGUGUCAGCGUACUUAAAGGGGCAAUGCACAUCUCUCUCUCUCACACACACAGGGUGUGUCUCUGUCUGCCAGGCUGUCUCCCCUCCCUCCAUUCGUGCUGCCUUGUAGAGUGUGAGGCUACGUUAACAACCAUGGGUUAAGCCUUGAGGGCUCAGCCAAUUGCUAGUUCAUCAUUUAGCAGUAAGGCAAUAUCCCACCCUCUGACUCCACCACCUCAACCAAGCUUGGAUUUGCUUAACAUUGUUUCACUUAGUCGCAUUUUUCAGGAACAUAACUACAAUGUUAAGUGAGGAGUUACUGUACUUCCCUAGUGGCUCAAAAGCCCAAAUCUGUUGACUUAGGCUUUGGAGGUGUGUUCUAUCUACUUUCAUGGGCUUCUAGGAAGAAGAAAGCAUAUGAGAGCUGCUGAAGUAAUGGUUGGUAUUUACUGGAGACUUGUAGGAGCUUAUUACCUCCAUGAACAUGAUAUUGUGUUAUUCAUUUUCUAGGGAAAAUAUACACAGUUAUUGUAGGAAUUAAUGUGAGUGAUUUCAGUCUCUGAUCUUGCAGAUUUAUUUUUAUAUAUCUCAGAAUACUUUAAUGGGUGUCCAAAAACUGGUUAAAAGGUGUUGAAAAUGAAAUUAGCAUUCUUCUCAUUUUGCAGUUUUAAAUGUAAAAAGAUCAAUAUAUAGUAAAACAAUCAUGCUUCUGCUUGUAAUUUAGUUUAGUAAAAUAUAUAAUUAAGUGAAAUUGUUUUGCUGUGCCCAUUGUGCAAUGCACAUAAUUACAGAAGCAAUUCAGAAUGUUACUUUUCAAAUAUUUCCAGCUUCUUAUUGCUUUUAAAAAUCUAGAGUAAGGAAUCAAAAGUUGCAUUAUACCUCAAGAAAUUAAAUACUACAAAUGUAACACAGGAAGCUAAAAAUAUAUUAAACAAUAGUGCCUUUUAUAUUCAGGCCCUCUGGCAGGGAACUGAAAGAGAAAAGUAAUACUGUGACUUUUAAUUAAUAUUUGAUAUUUUUAAAAGUGGUGUUGCAUUUUUUUUAACCUUAAAACAAAGAAGUGGUCUGUGAAAAAGCAGUAAACCCAAACGGUUACAGCAAAACAAUUUACUACACUAUUUUAAAGGAAUAAUUUGAGUCCAUUCGCUAGUAUUUUUAUAGUAUAUUUAUUAAAGACAAGACUGGAAUUUGUGCUUUGACUGAUGCAUCUCAUGAGUCAUAAUAUAUUCUGAACUUGACACUCUAUUAAACAUUCACUUUUAGUACAAAUAUA